AGGGCAGGGCAGGGUGGGGCGGUCCAGUCCAGUCCGGCCCGGCCAGGCCGUGUGCGGGACAGAGGCGCUGUGGCUCGGGCCGAGGUGGGCGGUAUGGACAAACUCAAGCGGGUGCUGAGCGGCCGCGACGCGGAGGAGCCCGGCGGCUUGACCGAAGUUAUUGAUGCAACUACGUUGGGCUGGGGCACCAGAGUUAAAGGCUUCGUUGCUUGUUUUGCAUUAGGAUGCCUGUUCUCCCUCUUGGGUAGUUGUUUCCUAUGGAUACCGAAGAAAGGGCUGAUGCUCUUUGCAGCAUUUUACACCCUGGGGAAUAUUGCAUCUAUUGGGAGUACUCUCUUUCUUAUGGGACCAAUGAAACAAUUGAAAAGGAUGUUUGAGCCUACACGUUUGAUUGCUACUACUGUUAUGCUAUUGUGUCUCAUACUAACACUGUGUUCCGCUUUCUGGUGGCGCAAGGCAGGACUCGCGCUCCUUUUCUGCAUCUUACAGUUUUUUGCCUUGGCAUGGUACAGCAUUUCCUUCAUACCAUUUGCAAGGGAUGCUGUGAAGAAAUGUGUUUCAGUCUGCCUGUCCUAACAGGAACAGCAGGUGCUUCAUGAAGUUCUAGCAAGUAUAGUAGAACUGUAUUAAGAUCACUGUGUAUGUAUUUUCCAACUUCUCUCUCAAAUGUGUGCCUUUCAGCUUGUUGUUAGAAGCCCCUUGUGUUAAAUCCAGUGUGUGCAAUUGCUUGUUUUUGUAAGCAAUGGUAUCUGUAGCACAAGGUGCUCAUGAUGAAGUGAUGUUCAGUCUGGCAGAAGAACUGGACAGAGGUCUGGAAUUUGUUAUGAUAAUUUUUAUGUAAAAUCAGGUAUUUGGUUUUGCAAAAUUAAGAGUAAUGCAUCAAGUCUGUAACAAAUGGAGACCUUGACUCUGAGACUAUGUCUGUUUAGUUAAUUUGUUUGAGAAAAAGAAAUCAGUUGCCAACUGACUUCUUAUUGAGAAGUUGUCUUUUUUUUUUUUUUAAAUAGCCUUAAGUCAAUUAAUCUUUGCACUGUUUGCCUUGGAUAAUGGAAUAUUGGUAUUCUUUCUUUUCCUGCCUCUCUUUCAACAUUUUAGGUUUAUGAGACUUCUAAAAGAUUUAAUUAUAAAUGAAAAGACUGUUUUGGACUAAGUAUGAAAUGUUUGCAUCUUUAACAAAGCAUUUAAUUUUCAGUUUAGACUGGUGGUUUUCCUUAAAAUAUACAAAAGUGACAUUUUCAUCUGUAAAAGACUUUUUCUCAUUGGAAAAGUUCUUGCAAAAUAAGGUUAAUAGAAUUUUUUAGCUGCCCGGAACCUGAGGUUUUGUUUUGUUUUUGCCUUUCCUGCAGCUAAAGGCAAUACAUACAAGUUAGGAAACUGAAAUUUUUCAUGAGAAGCAAGGUGCUUCUCCAGCUGUUACAUGGGAGUAGUGAGAAGCUGAGGGCAUGAUAGGUAAGCAAGGACAGUUUGUCCUUUUUUUUUUUUCCAAAGGACAAACUGUUGAUAAGGUCAAAGUGAGCUGUUGUGUAACCAAGUUCUCUGAACCUUUAAUUAACUCCAGUUGUUUUGUUUUGUUUUUGUAAAUGGGACCAGUUUUGUUUCUCCUAAAGUUCUUGCAUACAUUAGUGAACUACUUCUGCUUUGAGGAGAAAGUACAAUUUUUGAUUUACUGUCUUAGCAAAGAAAGCAUGUAAUAAUCUAUCUGCCACCCCCAAACAAAUACUGAGCAGCCAGUAUGCAAAUUCCAAUGCCACUCAACAUUCUUUUUAUCUUCUGAGCUAGGUAUAAUCAUUUACUCCCCAAACCACAGCAGCAGUCAGGUGUUUAGUAUCUCAGCAGAGAUUCCUGCUGCUCCUGUGUGGAAUGCUGCUUAACUGCUUUCACUUCUCCUCUUACCAAACUGUCUUGCUGGAGUCAGUGCCUAUGAAGAGGAUUACCCAGUGGACUUUAGUAUGAGCAGAAGCCUUUCUUCCCUGUCAACCAAGUCUUUAGUCAUUUAACAGCUUUCCUGGGUUUGUAUGACAAGUGUGUCCCUGACUUGUACCACAAAGAUGUCAAUGUAAGAAAAACCUAGAUCUAAUUAGCAGUAAAGUCUAAUCCCUUAGUGAAGCUGAAUAUUUCCAGAAAGCUUCCAGAAUGUUAGUAGGAACUGAGUUAAUUUAAAAUCUUAAGUGUGCUUCUGAUAAUUUAUAAAGCACUGUAUCAUACUGCUGUCAGGCUUCUCUGAAAAGCGUGAAAGGGAAAUUUAAACAGACUUCCUCUGCAUUCCAGCUGGCCAGAGUUACUGUUACAAAGGUGUUUGAAUGGAAAAAUGCCUCUUUGAAAAUGUGGCACUGAUGUUGGAGUGAGUCAGUUACACUUCAUGAUGUGCUGGUGCUUUCCUCCCCUGUUGCCCCCUAUGAUUCGGAUGUUAGUGUUGAAAUAGUAAGAUUGACCAUUACUUUGCUUAAAAAGAAGGAUUAGUUAAAUGCCCAAGAGAGACUGGAAAUUAAAGAAUACUGAUACUUCUUUUCCCUGACUGAUCUAUAAACUGAAGUGUGUCUUUCAUCAGUGAAUAGGUUCAGUACCUAAUUUACAUCUGUCAAAGGACCUGUGUUAGUUUUUUUUAAUAGCACUUUGAUAAUGUUUACAGAAUUCCUUUGUAUAAGGGCAAUUGAAAUGUAACUCUAAUGCCAUUAACAUUCCAAUAUUCCUUUAGUUUUAAUAUCUCUGGGUGUUCCUAGAAAAUGCUAGGAGUACAGCAUUCAAUAGUUAUCUUUCCCAUCUCCAGGAAAGUUAGAUUACCUUGGAUCAUCAUUCCAGGCCAGGGUCAUCAGCAGUCAACAUAAUGGAACGUGACUUCUGGUGUCCUUUUUUGAGUAGAUCAGAAUAGGGGUAAAAGCCUUUUGAUUAUUUUGACUAGCUUGUUCAGGAUUGUAGUACCCUGGCUCUGUUCCUCUGGAAUAGCAGAGUUCCUCUGGAAUAACACCAGAUUUAGGUAUGCUGAAUAUUAGUUUUUCACUUUGCACACUAGGUAACUGGAACCUUUCAGCUGACUGUUGUGAGCACAAGCACUUAGAAGCAUGAAAUGUAAAUUACCAAUAGAUAGCGGAUAAGUUAUUUUUUUUCUUUCAUCCCCCAGUCCUUUUCAAAUUUAAUUUAAUUGAAUAAGAGAGAAGAACAAAUCUUCAUUUGACUGCAUGGCACAUGAAGCUAAGCAAUUGUGCCCUUAAAGGACGGGAACCCAGGGGGAGAUGGCAAAGACAAGGAUCACUGGAGUGCCACUGGGUUUGUGUUGCCUUUUGGUGUUGUAUUCUGUUCCUAUGAAGGUCAGACAGUAGGAGAGAUUCACCAUAUUCUUGCCAAUAAGUGAAACAUACUCAGGGUGUGUCACUUCAUCUACAACCAUUUUUGGUUUAAAAUAACUCUCCUCUAUCAGAACAAACAGCUUCAGAUUUUUACUCUUCUUUUUUAGCAGCGAAAGAUUUUUCCACUUUGUUAUGAAUGUUCCCUCUUAACCAGUUUCAAUCUGAGUUUCAUUAUACUAUUUCUUGGCCAUGAAAAACUACUUUGUGUUAAGUUUUGAUAUCAUCAGUUUUGGCUAACUGCUUGGCAGGAAGUGUAGCGGGCAUUUCUGAAGCCUUUAUUGUGUGCACACUACUGUAAACAGUAGAGACUUUUGUGUUUUAAAUCACAAAGUGCCUUCCUUCCUGAACUUCAUGCUCAGUUGCCUACAGCACUUUCAAGGCUGACUUUCCUUAGGAAACUUGUAUGAUGUUGGAUGGCACAUCUUGGUAGGAUUUGGUGUUCUACCAGAGAGUGUUUACCCAGCUUCACUGUUGGUCAUAUUGCCUAUCUACUUUUUUUUUAAUCUUUGCUGUACAGAUAAUAUAACCUUAACCAAGCAGCCUUCGCAUAAGGUUCUAGCAUGAAAUGUAUAAUCUGGGUUCAGAUGACCUUGCAGAUAUAGUAGAAAUGGAAGGGGAAGAGUGGAUCUGUACCCAAAAGUACUGGGAUUCUGUACAUUAAAAUGUGGGAAUAUUUUUUUCAUUACUUCAAAGUUUUGCUCUGUUUUAUGUGAUGAAGUCUGUUGUGAAUACUGAUAGUGAGACAGUUCUAGAGUGAUGGUGUGAACAAUCCCCUCUUGUUAACUAUUUACAGUAAUAAGAUUGUACAUGAGCUGUUGGGAAAAAAGGAAGAAAUUUCUGCACCACCAAAUUGAAAUUCUUCUGAAAAUCAUCUUUUUAAAAAGAAAGUGUGUUAGGCUUUAUGUGUGAAUCCAUAAUAUGCAAGUUUGGUGGAGGCUCUGCUAUGGGUUGGCUUCCAGCAAGGUGCAGGGUGAGAGUAUUGAAUCAAUUGUGACUUGUGGGUAGCUAAAAUCUGGCAUGAAAAGCAUCUGGAAGCUCGUGACUCUGUAGCUUACGUGUGGUGUGAAACUCAUGUUCUGGGAUCUGCCUUGUGGAGCACUUGAAGCUCAUCCCCUUUAGCUGUAUGGAAAGAGACUGAAAGAAUGUCUGUUGAGUUUCUGAGGAAAGUUCCUGCUUAGUUUUGGUAUUUAAUCAUGUUAAUGAAAGUCAGAUCACUGUUGCUAUUGUAGACUUUUGAAACUGAGAAGGAUAAUGUUUAAACACAUUUGUCUUAAAUCCUGAUGUUUACAACUGUGGCAAAUACAAACCAUGUAGAACAGAAAGCACAGAAAUGUGAUGUUUUCUUGAAACCAAGUGCCUCUCUGUAAUCGGACAACACUAAAUUUUUUUAACAACUGGGGAAUUGUUUUGUAAAAUUAAAAACGCAAUUUUUCCUCAAUGUAUUAUACUGUUACUAAUUAUGUUGUGCUUUUUUUUAAUGUACUUUCAUUGUUCGAUUACUACUUUGAUAAACACAUUUUUUCCUAACUUUUGGCUUUCUCUGUAAUGAGGUGAAAUCUUUACUUAAAUGUGUCAGUUUUUUUCCUUCAAUAAAGUUAUUGCAUUAAAUGAAUUGCUCUUAUAG